GGAGAAUGCGGUGGCGGCUCACCACUUCUAGUUUUGGUAAAUUCGAAAUCUGGCGACAAUCAAGGUCAGCGUAUGAUCCGAAAAUUCAAGCGAUUGCUCAAUCCAGUACAGGUUUUUGACAUCAUCACCGCUGGACCAGAUUUUGCUAUCUCUUUGUUCAGGCUUUCUUUCUUUGAUUCUCUCGAUGGCUUCCGUGUUCUGGUUUGUGGAGGCGAUGGCACUGUAGGAUGGGUACUGGGCGCGUUCGAUCGUCUUGGAUUACAUAACAAGUGUCAAUUGGGCAUUUUACCGCUUGGAACAGGAAAUGAUCUAGCUCGGGUCCUUGGAUGGGGACACGCGUUCUAUGAUGACACUCAAUUGCCUCAGCUUGUACGAACAUUUGAAAGAGCCCAUACAAGGAUGUUGGAUCGGUUUGUUCGCGAGAAUAGUUUAUGGAUUAGCAAUUUUUUUUGA